UUUCACACUGAACUUACCUAAUGAUGAUGCCAUUGAUUAAUCGAUUAUCCUCAUCACAUGGCUCCACAUUAUUUAUGUAUAAGUCCAAAAGGUCAACCAUCAGUUUUAACAUAGUACAAUCAAUAGCCAUCGCACAUUUCCCUAGCCACACAAUGUGUGAAAAAAUUGGAUAAUGGAUGAAACAAAACCAGCGUAAAUUAAUUCACACAGGUGUAAAUUGUUGCGUGAGUUAACUAAAGCAUGAUUAGUACUUGCGUUAGUCAACUCACGUAUGAGUAUUUUAGUCAUUUUGGUUGGGUGGGAGCAAAACUUGUUGGAAGAAGAGCAGAAUUUAUAACUUCGUGAUGAUGAACCAAGCAUACACUACACAGAACAAGAGACAAAAAAAGUGAAACCCCAAAGCCUUAUUCAAAAAUGCCCAAUACCAACCUAACCAAUUCACAUUCAUAUAUCAAACGGUAUAGAUCAUCCCACAAGUAACAAACAUAUAAUCUACCGUCUUCGUACACACCCAACAAAAUAGAAAAAGAUAACUAUCCUGAACACUAAUAACCCCACGCUUGAGCUGGUUUACUCUAAUCAAGAUUCUAUCCAAAAUGAGUUGCCAGGAAAACACCUGGACCUUCGAUGAGGCACAACUUUUCCAAAUCCAAUGAAGAAUCAAAGUUAGCUUUGCCACUCUACUAAUUGUUGGCAUGGUCUCCUCCGAAAGAAGAUCGUACGAAGAACGAACCGAAAACACAACAUCAAGGAAAACCUUCCAAUCAGGAAAGGAAACGAACAAAGUCUACUCUUGAUGCGGAACCGGAUAGAAUUAGUUGGUUGCCAGGUCAUGUAACAGAUCAGAUUAUGUCUUACUUGCCGAUUAGGGACGCAGUGAGAACAAGUGUUUUGUCGAGGAAUUGGAGGAAAAAAUGGUAUACACUUCCAAAUCUUGUGCUUGAUAGACAAUGUGUGUCUGCUGAAGCUUCCCAAGACCCUUUAGUUAUUGAGCCCAAGUUUUCGAAAAUGGUUGAUCAUGUACUUUUACUUCAUUCUGGGCCAAUCAACAUGUUCAAGUUCUGUAACUAUGAUCUCCCUGGUGAGGGGAGUCUUGUGAGUGACGUUGAUCGGUGGAUUCUUUAUCUAAUUGGAAGGUCUAUUAAAGAGCUUGUGCUGGAAGUUUGGAUAGAGGAAGAAUACUACCAGAUACCUUGGUGUUUAUUCUCAUGUCAAAGUUUACACAACUUAAAAUUAAGAUGGUGUUGGCUUAAACCUCCGAUGGUGUUUGAAAGCUUCAGAAACUUGAAAAGUCUUGAUCUAAAUCUGGUUACAGUGGAUCAAGAUGCUUUUGAAAACAUGAUAUCCAAAUGCCCCUUGCUUGAAAAGAUGAAAUUGACAGAAGUUGAUGGUUUAACCCAAAUUAAUAUCCAUGCACCAAAUCUCAAGUUUUUUGAAAUCGAAGGUCUAUUCGAGGGUAUUACCUUUGACAACACUUUUCAGUUAGCUACUAUAGUCAUUGAUUCCUGGUUUGAUUUGACCUCAGAAAGCAAUCCAAGUAGAUCGCCUGGAUGUUCUAGCAAUUUGCUCAAAUUUUUUGAUCAUCGACCUCACAUACAAAGCCUAGAGAUUGGUAGUUAUUUUUUAAAGUAUUUGGCUGCAGGUGUUUUGCCAGUAAAGCUUCCUACACCUUGUAUUGAUCUAAGUUUUCUUUCUUUAAGCGUAAACUUCGAUAACAUGGCGGAAAUUUUGACUGCUCUUUGUUUGCUCCGAAGCUAACCCAAUCUUCUGAAAUUAGAAAUAUAUGUGAGUACUCAUGUAGUUAAGAAUAUGAGGACAAUCAUGAUUGACAUUUAAGGACCAUUAUUUUUCCCUUAUAAAGGUGGUAAUAGUGAUAGACUACAUCAAUUUGAGACUUUCCAUCAUCAACUUUAUCUCAUUGUUCAUGUUUGACAGACAAAAGAGGUAAAGCAGAAUGUCAACACACAGACACAGUUGAGGGAGGAGUCAAUGCUAAGUUGCAGCAAAAAAAUGAAACAACUAAGAAAUGGAUUUUCAGUUCACUGUAUUAUUUAAAUUUCUGAAAUUGGUUAAUUGAUUGUGACAAUUAACAAAGCUAACUCUUAUGUAAUGAACAAUUCCAAAGGUGUUUAAAUAAACAUCCUUAUCAACUAUGAUGUUGCUUAAUUAUCCUUAA